CAUGCCACUUGCUGUCAGGAUCACAAGGGGUGUGAAGAAGACUGGGGUGUGGUGUGGUGGAAUGGCAUGAGGAAACUCCUCCUCAAUGGAAGGAGCCCAUACAGUUUCAACAAUGCUAUUAAUCUCUUCAAGAAUCUGCAGUUUGGCCACAUUGGCAAAGAUUGCAAGAGGUAUAUGUUUUUGAAUAUAAUGCACAUAAAUAAACCACUCACCCACUCCCACCAAUUCAUUACUCAUGUUAGAGAUCAUCUUGUCCAGAGCAUUAUACCUACAUAG